GAGGUGAAGCCGCGCGGGGAGAGGAAGCGGGUGUUUUCCCCUCUGCCUUUCGGCCCCCGCCCUUCCUUUCAGUUUCUCCCGGCUCGCUCGGAAGUUGGAGGUUGACAAAAAUGGCAGGAGCCGGGGCCCGGGCGGGUUGCCGCAGCGCCGCGGGGACCUUCUGAGUUGGCUGGGCCGCCUGGGAGACGCGCGCGGCUGCGUCCGAUGCACAGGGCCCGGGGUCUCGGGAGAGCUCAGCCGCAGCGGGCCCGAGGCGAGGAGGCGACGGGGAUGGACUCGCGCCGACAGCCAGCGGCGGGCCGCGGGGCGCGCGGUCCGGGAGGGCGUGCCGCCUCGGCGCCGGGCCGCGCUCUGUGAACCGGCGAGGCGGGAAGGGGCAGCUGCGGCGCCCGGCACGCCCGGGCGUGGCAGGCGGGCGAGAGCGCGAGCGGGGCGGCCGCUGUGCGCAAUCAGUGCAGGCUCCCGCCCGACUCUGACUCGGCCGCGCCAGCACCGGCCACACCCUCGGCCCUGCCGCCGCCGCCGGCGCCGCUUCCCGAGAGCGGGAGGCAGGAGAUGCGCCCAGGGCAGCCCCGCGUCCUACAGCGCCAGUCCCGGCCACCGUCGCGGGGAAGUGCCGCCUGGCGGGGUCUGGACGCCUGAAGCCCACGUGCGCCGCCGAGCCCGAGGUGGCUGACAGCAGUGCCCUCCUGAGCCGCCGCCCGCGCUCCUCCCCGAGGAAAGGAUUUUGAUUUCAAAGAAAGGAAGGAAGGAAGGACAACUCCCAGCUUCCCUCUCCGGCCCUCCCAGCUCCGGCGGUCGGGCCGGGCCAUGCCCAGGAAGGCGGCGGCGGCGGCAGCCCAGCAGAAGGGACUUUCCUGGCAGCCCGGCGACGAGGAGAGCAGUCUGUGAGUUUGCUUUGCCCCGGUUCAUGGUUCCUGCAAGCCCUCCAAGAGGCCGAACGCUGCAGCCCCUCCCCGCGCCCCGAAGAGACUUCUGUGUUCUCUGGCCCCAGGGCCCGCUCCGCGCCGCCCGGGAUCCGGCCGCCGCAGCCCAGUGCCCUCUGCCCGCGGCGGUGGAUGGCAUGAUGGUGCGGGGAAGGCACCGCGGCCUUGGCCAGCUGAGUCGCGACGGCCGCGGGGGCGGCGGCAUUGGCAGCGGCGGUGGUAGCGGACUCCCCAGCGGCAUGCCAGUGCCCCCCGGGCGCGAUGGCUAGCGGCAGCGCUGGGAAGCCCACUGGCGAGGCGGCUUCUCCGGCUCCAGCGAGCGCCGUCGGCGGGGCCUGCUCGCAGCCGCGUAAGAGGCUGGUGUCCGUCUGCGACCACUGCAAGGGCAAGAUGCAGCUGGUGGCCGAUCUGCUGCUGCUCUCGAGCGAGGCGCGGCCCGUGCUCUUCGAGGGCCCUGCCUCCUCUUGUGCCGGUGCCGAGUCCUUCGAGCAGUGCCGGGACACCAUCAUCGCACGCACCAAGGGGCUCUCCAUCCUGACCCACGACGUGCAGAGCCAGCUCAACAUGGGCCGCUUCGGGGAGGCAGGGGACAGCCUGGUGGAGCUGGGCGAUCUGGUGGUGUCACUGACCGAGUGCUCCGCCCACGCGGCAUAUCUGGCGGCCGUGGCCACGCCGGGCGCGCAGCCCGCGCAGCCGGGCCUGGUGGACCGCUACCGCGUGACGCGCUGCCGGCACGAGGUGGAGCAGGGCUGCGCCGUGCUGCGCGCCACCCCGCUGGCUGACAUGACCCCGCAGCUGCUGCUGGAGGUGUCGCAGGGCCUGUCGCGCAACCUCAAGUUCCUGACAGACGCGUGCGCCCUGGCCAGCGACAAGUCCCGGGACCGCUUUUCCCGCGAGCAGUUCAAGCUGGGCGUCAAGUGCAUGAGCACGAGCGCGUCGGCGCUGCUGGCCUGCGUGCGCGAGGUGAAGGUGGCGCCCAGCGAGCUGGCGCGGAGCCGCUGCGCGCUCUUCAGCGGGCCGCUGGUGCAGGCGGUCAGCGCCCUGGUGGGCUUCGCCACCGAGCCGCAGUUCCUGGGUCGCGCGGCGGCCGUGAGCGCCGAGGGCAAGGCGGUGCAGACCGCCAUCCUGGGCGGCGCCAUGAGCGUGGUGUCGGCCUGCGUGCUCCUGACCCAGUGCCUCAGGGAUCUGGCGCAGCACCCGGACGGGGGCGCCAAGAUGUCGGACCACAGGGAGAGGCUAAGGAACUCGGCCUGCGCCGUGUCUGAAGGCUGCACCCUGCUAUCUCAGGCUUUAAGGGAGAGGUCUUCGCCCAGGACUUUACCGCCAGUGAAUUCCAAUUCUGUGAAUUAGCAACCCCCGGCCCCACCAUCCCUUUCUUCCACCCCAGGCUAAAGGAAGAUACUUAUUCUUUAUCCCUCUCCAUUUAUACCAAAGAAAUCAAAGGCUGCAUGUCAUCUAUGGAAAGGCACCCUGGAAAGUUCUGCCGUAGCAGUGAGAUUAAGGCUCUUCCUACACCUGUGUGGAAUGCCAGCCUUCCCAGGUCAGAGGAUCUGUGUAUGGACGUGCAAAAGGACUGUGUAUCAAGUGAGAGUAUGUAGACAGGUCUAUUCAGACAAGAUCCAGGUGCUCGUGAUUUCAGAAAAAUACUGUAGAGGGUUCCAGACUGUUUAAUACAGGGAGAGGUAUUCUGGAAAGUGUGUUUAAGAACUUUCCAGAGCAUGAUUGCGGGCAAAGGGCUCCUUUUUGUGACCUUGAUCUAAGAUACGCUUUCGUUGACUGUUAUGUUGGAAGAAGGUUUUGUUAAAUGAAAUUCGGAGUUAUUUUGAGGUAGUUGGUCUUUUCUGUAGACAAUUAAAAAAAAUCUUGGGGGAGGGGGUGUAUAGUUUUGCUGAACAUAGCUAACUGAGUUUUGAACAUUUUCCCACUGAAAGUACAACAGGUUUAUUUGUGUGCUCAUCCUGAGAGAACCACGUGGGUAAAACUCAUACAUGCUUUAAAUUUGCUCCGUGUACAUUUUUCUGGGGAUUUGUUGUGCCUGAACCUUUGCAAGUCCCACAAAUCUGAAAAGAAAGAUUUUUCCACUGUGAUAUGUUAGAGGAGAAAGUCAUAGUGGCUGUUUUUACUUGAAUAAUUACACUUAUUACAAGCACAUCGUAUUCAGCCUGUAAAACCUCUUUAAACCUGUGUGGGGUGGUACAGCUGUUCAGCUUCUCUGAAUUUGAAGUUUGAAAAAGUUUUAAAGUGGUAGGGUCUAUGCAUUUUUUAAAAAACGGUCAAGGGAGUUGUUUUUUUCUCAUAGGUCCUGGUGAAUUUAAAUUUUUGAAGCCUUUAAAAGAUGAAAAUGACCUUUAAUGUUUAUUCCUCUGCCCCUGCCCUUCGUUUAAGUCUGGAUUGGUCAAGUUCAGGAGGUAUUUGAGGAGAGGAAACCUAACCCAUGUGCCAGUGACAGUCCUGCUUAUGGAUAGUUAUUUUUAGUUAUUUUUAUUUAUCGGAUUUAUGUAAAUAAUACUGAAGUGGUUCCUUUAGCCUGUGCAGAUCACAAAGAGUAAACUGAAAGGAACAAAGUAAAAUAAAAUCAGAACCAGAAACCUGCAAA